CACUGACUACGGAAUGACCAUCUUCGUAAACAAUGACAUAACAUUUUCUAAUCGAGGAAGUUCAGGAGAGGACAACUUAAGUUCACUUGAAGUCCCAGAGUAUAUAUAUACGUUCACAAUCAUAUAGACUUCACAUUCAGUCCGCCGAGGUGGAAAGAGAGGCAUCAUGAAAUUUGCUAGCAUAGCGCUGCCGAUCUUGACUCUUCUGGUGUCGCUGAGUUGCUGUCUUUGUGACGGUUAUGGGGUUGGCCAUAAUGGAUAUAUGGUAGGUGGAUAUGGAGGUGGAUACAAUAUGUACGGUGGUGGAAUGGGAAUGUAUGGCUAUGACAGCUAUGGAAAAGGCUACGGAGGCGGCUAUGGAUAUGGAGGAUAUGGAAAAGGCUACGGAGGGGGAUAUAGUCAUGGAUAUGGAAAAGGUUACGGAGGCGGAUAUGGACAUGGAUACGGAAAAGGAUACGGAGGGAAAGGAUAUGGUAUGCAACAAACAGCCUUGUACGUCCCCUACCCUUAUUACGCUAGACCCCCUCCAGGUGCCGUCGCAGGAGCGUAUAACGCUGGAAACGAUGACUAUUUGUACCUCCUCCUGGGAGCACUUGUCCUCCUUCCCUUGUUGUUCAACACAAGCGGAUAGAUGUAAAUAAUGGGCAAUGGAUAUACAUAAUACUACCUCUGUACGCGAGAAAUUCAGGCUGCUACCAAAGACCCCUGUAGUGAUCAUGUAUAUAAUUUGUCAUUAAAGCAUACCUACAUCAAACUUUA